AGUGUGCGCCGGAUGUUCCACUACAACGUGCUGUUGGAAGAUUCACGUGUGAACAUUUUGAUCUUCCACAUUUUCGCUAGAAGUUGGAACAUAAAGUCACAGAGCAGUCGGUUACCUGUGUGUAGCUCACCUUGGAGUCAUGGGUCGGAAGUUGGAUCCCACCAACAAGGUGAAAAGAGGGCCUGGAAAAAAAUCCAAGAAACAGCAGGGAGCAGAGACUGAGUUGUCCAAGUUUAUAUCUGAAGCAGAGGAAACUGGACCAAAACGUUUGUCAAGCAGAUCCAGGAAAAGAGCUGCAAAGAGAGUCCAGAAUGUGAAAACACCUCAAAAUAAUGCAGAGAAAAAGCCCAAGAAAGGAUUCACUGAUGAGAACAGUAAAUGGUUGAAACCUGCAAAGAAGAGCCUCAAAGUUGGUGAAGCUGAAAGUGAGGAUGACAGUGAUGAACACUGGGAGGAAGAUGAUGAGGAAGAAGACGUGGAGGAACAGCCAAAGAAGAAAGGAGGCAAAGACCUGGAAAAGAAGGUUGCAAAAAAAUCAGAAAUGAAACAAGUGGAGGAAGAAGAGGAGGAUGAAGACGAAGAGGAGGAGGAUGAUGAGGGCGAUGAAGAGGAUGAUGACGAUGAUGAAGAAAUGGUCGAUGAUUACGGCACACUUGAUGACGGCAGUGGGGAAGAAGCCGCUGAAGAUGAAGAAAGUGAUGGAGAAGAACUCCUUCCUAUUGAGCGUGCAGCGAAGAAAGACAAGAAGCUGAAAAAAAGCAUGGGUCUUGAGAGUGAUGAUGAUGAUGACGACGAUGAGGAAGAUGACGACGACGAUGAUGAUCAAGAGGAAGAGAAAUCUGACGGUGACAUGGAUGAGGAAGACACGGUACAAGCCAACAUUGAUGAAAUGGAUAUAUUUAGGCUGCCUGGGGCGGAAGAGAGUGAGAAAGAGGGUGUCCUGGCUGUAGACCUGAAGACAAUUUAUCAAAGGAUAAAGGACAACGUCGAUGUCCUCUGUAAUUUCUCCACAAAAAGGGAGGUGGGGAAAGACAGAAAAGAGUACAUCACUCUCCUGAAGAAAGAUCUCAGCACCUAUUACAGCUACAACAACUUCCUCAUUGAGAAAUUAAUAGACCUCUUCCCUCUAUCAGAGCUGGUUGAUUUCCUCGAGGCCAAUGAAAUUCAGAGACCGGUCACAAUUCGGACCAACACACUGAAGACAAGGAGGCGGGAUCUUGCACAGGCUCUGAUCAACAGAGGAGUGAACCUUGAUCCACUGGGGAAAUGGUCUAAAGUGGGUUUGGUGAUCUAUGACUCUUCAGUACCUGUAGGUGCGACUCCAGAGUAUCUCGCUGGUCAGUACAUGCUGCAGGGUGCGUCCAGUUUCCUGCCCGUCAUGGCACUUUCUCCACAGGAGGGAGAGUUGGUGUUGGACAUGAGCUCAGCUCCAGGAGGCAAAACCACUUAUAUUGCGCAGCUGAUGAGAAACACCGGGAUAAUUGUGGCGAAUGAUGCUAACGCUGAAAGACUGAAGAGUGUGGUUGGAAACAUCCAUCGUCUCGGCGUCACCAACACUGUGAUCUGUAACUACGAUGGCAGGCAGUUCCCAAAGGUAAUGGGCGGGUUUGACAGAGUACUGCUCGAUGCUCCAUGCUCAGGCACAGGUGUUAUUGCUAAAGAUCCAGCGGUGAAGACAAGCAAGGACGAGGCAGACAUAAUGCGCUCUGCUCACCUGCAGAAGGAGCUGAUUCUGUCUGCUAUUGACUCCGUCAAUGCCGAGUCACCCACAGGAGGAUAUCUGGUCUACUGUACAUGUUCUAUCAUGGUGGAGGAGAAUGAAUGGGUGGUGGACUAUGCGUUAAAGAAAAGGAACGUCAAAUUAGUUCCCACAGGACUUGACUUUGGCAAAGAAGGUUUCACCAGGUUCAAAGAACGCAGAUUCCACCCUUCUCUGCGACUCUCCCGGAGAUUUUAUCCUCAUUCCCACAAUAUGGAUGGAUUUUUUGUGGCCAAACUGAAGAAGUUCUCUAAUGUAAUCCCAACAGCUUCAUCAGGGAAAGAAGAAGAUACUUCAGAGGCUCCUGAGGUGAUCGCAGUUACAGAACCUCCUCAGACCAAACCAUCCAAAGGUGACAAGACCAACAAGACUGUCCCCAGUCAAGCAGGUGACUCAAAGGAAAAAGCCCAAGCCAAUGGAACAGCCGGCAAGAAAAAAGUAAACCUCGAGUCAAAGCGCAAAAAUGCCUCGCCUGCUGGACCAAAGAAAGCAAAGGUCGCCAAGCUGGAUAGAGACACUAUGAAAGGGCCAGAGGCUAAGAAGCCCACGGAGAAGACAACGGACGAUCCCACAGCAAAAAAGGCUAACAAACAGGGAGGGAAGAAAAAGCAGGCCAUAAACGUGAAACCAGGCAGCGAGAAAAAGAACAGAAUGGGAAAGAAUAAAUUCAAAAAACUGAAGAAAAUGUUGGAAAAACUCGACAAAACAGUGUGACGUUGUACACAGUAUGUUAACAUGCACCAGGUAAUGUAAGAGAUUUGUAGAGCUCCAUUACAGAUUUACUUCCCUGUGCUCUGUUGCCUUGUCUGCACAGUAUGAAACAUGUACAGAUGGAUUGGUCUGGUCAAUGUUGUGCUCAUUCAAGUUUAGUCCUUUUUUUAUUUGUGUUAAUUGUGUUUCUUGAUUAAAUCGCAGAGUGGGACAACUUCCAGAUAUCUGUGAGACAUAAUAAAUUUUAACAUAUUUUUCUCAUCA